AUGAAUAUUUCAAUCGAAACAAUCUUAGAAUAUUCAUUGAACAUUCCUAAAAGAACAUCCCAAAAAGCAGAUAUUCCAGAAUCAGCCAUGAAACAGCUUAUAGCUGUUACUGCGAAAUGUCAAGACGAUCCUGCCACCGCUGUCAACGAGAAAGCUAUAGAUGACUGGAAAAAAGCUAAUAGAGAUGCUAGUCGACCUCCUGAUAACUUAGGACCGCACACCUUAUGCAUUGCUAAGGCAAUGGACUGGAUAAAACAAGACGGAAAACCUAAUACAGAAGGCUUAAGAGAAAAACUCAGGGCAAGAGUAUCAGAUAAGGCCAAAGUUGAAAAAAUUCUCAAUAAGUGUGCAGCGGAAAAAGAAACCCCAGAGGCUACAGCUUUACACAUGGUUCAAUGUGUUAUUCCUACUGAAUAA